AUGACUGAGAGCGCGGCACCAGAAUCGGCGGCACCAGACCAAGAUGCGGCAGCGGCAGCACGGCUUGCAGAGGCCCGCAAGCGCAAGGAGCGGCGAGAGGCCAAGAUCAAGGCGGGCGGCUCGUCGAGGCUGAACACGAUCUCCAGCCUGGGCGGAGGCCUGCAGCGGGAGGAGCCUCGGGCUGUUCCCAAAGCGGAGGCAAAGACGCCCGGCGACCCUGACGAGAUUGACAUUUCGGAGCACUUUUACGAGCCGACGACGACAGCGCGGCCGCAGGCGACAGCAGGCGGAGCAGGCGUAUCAGAGGCCGACGCGCAGCUUCUCGAGCUGCUGGGCCAGUCGCAGAGCGCGGGCAAGGAUGGGCUGCCGGAGAACGACCCGAUGGCGGCGAUGCUGGCUCAGAUGAUGCAGAGCAUGGGCGGACCGGGAGGACCGGGAGGGCCGGGGCUGGGCGGCGGCGGCUGGCCUCCGACGAUGCCUCCGAUGGGACAGCAGCCGAAGGCAGCGGUGCCGAGCGCGUCGGCGGCGCUGUGGCGGCUAGUGCACUUUGCGGUGGCGGUGGCGCUGGGCCUGUACGUGGCCUUGUCGACGCCGUUUGCGGGCACGCGGAUCGAGCGCGAGCAGUCACAAGCAGCGCAGGAAGCCGUGGGCAGUCUGGACGGCCUGCACGGCAUGGACGGUGCAGCCGGGCUGGACGACUACGACAGCGUGCAGCGGCGGUACUUUUUCUACGGGUUUGCCACGGCCGAGACGGUGCUGCUGACGAGCCGCUUCUUCCUCGAGCGGCAGGGCGGCGGUGGGCUGUGGGGCAGCAGCAGCGGCAGCGGUGGUGGCGGGCUGCUGAGCAUGGCCCUGGGCUUUGCGCCACCAGCGGUCCGGCGGUCCGUCGACGUCGGGCUGCGGUACUGGCAGAUCUUCAGCACGGUGCGGUCGGACCUGCUGGUGUGCGUGUUCGUGCUAGGCGUCUGUUCGUGGGUGCGAGGAUGA